AUGUUCAAAGCAUUUUCAAUCCUGGCACUGCUCUCUCUAAGCGCAGUGAACGGCGUUCAACUAUCCCAUGGCCAACGUCACGUUUCUCCUCAUCAUCACGGAGGCAUUGAUCAAAACAGCAGUGGCUUGAUCAAAAAUGAUGCUUUAUCUUACUCUAGCUUAUCUCGUCGCGAUGAUUACGCUUGUGGGCCAGGAAGUCUUGGGAACUGUGGUUAUGGGCCAUUAUAUUGUGGCGAUGGCUGCUCCAGUAAUUGCGAUGCGGCGGCGGAAUGCGGUCAGCAUGCCAAAACGCCCGGAAAAACUUGUCCGCUGAACACAUGGUAUCUUACUUCCGUAGUGAUCGGAUACUGGGAAGCCUGGAACGCUAGGUCUAGCUGCCAUAACACUCAAGCUUCGGAUCUUCCCCUUCAAGCUCUCACACACGUCAACUACGCCUUCGCCUAUAUUGAUCCAAAUACCUUCGAGAUUACGACUAUGGAUCCUCAAACGCCAAUUAGCACGUUCCAAGACAUAGUAUCGCUGAAAGACCUCAAACCCGAUCUCAAAGUGUUUGUCAGCAUUGGAGGCUGGACCUUUUCAGACAAUGAUACAGCUACACAACCCGUGUUUGGUAACAUCGCUCGUUCUGAGAAUAAUCGACAAAGGUUCGCCAACAAGCUGCUCAAAUUCAUGAAUGGAUAUGGGUUUGAUGGAGUUGAUCUAGAUUGGGAAUACCCUGGUGCACCUGAUCGUGGUGGCAAGCCUGAUGAUACGGUGAACUAUGUCAGCCUUAUGAAAACAUUGAAAUCAACCUUUGAUAGAUCAGGGCGGGACUUAGAGUUAACGUUUACCGCACCAUCCUCAUUUUGGUAUCUUCGUUGGUUUGACCUUCCAGGAAUGAUGAAGUACGCCGACUGGGUCAACCUGAUGAGUUAUGAUCUCCACGGUGUCUGGGACAAGGCCAAUCCAAUUGGGCCCAUAGUACAAGCACAUACAAAUCUUACGGAGAUCAAACUAGCUGCUGAGCUUUUCUGGCGCGUUAACAUUCCCCCAUCGAAAAUAGCUUUAGGUUAUGGCUUCUAUGGCAGGGCGUUCACACUUGCCGAUCCAAAUUGCAAGACGCCUGGUUGCCCAUUCAGUGGCGGUGCGAAGAAAGGUCCAUGCACAGGAACUAGUGGCUAUCUUGCACACUAUGAGAUUCAAGACAUUCUGGACAAGAACAAAAAGCGAGAUUUGACAGUUGUGCAUGACAAAAAAGCAGCUGUCAAGUAUAUUACCUGGGACAACGAUCAGUGGAUAUCCUACGAUGAUGCGGAUACAUUCAAGCAGAAGCAAGACUGGGCGAACAGUGUUGGCUUUUCUGGGUCGCUUAUAUGGGCAUCAGAUCUCGACGAUUACAACCAUUCGGCACACACAGCAUUCACUGGGAUUAAGGAUCUAGGAUCACGGAAAGAACUUAAAAAGGUGUACGAUUUGAAAGAGUAUGUUGAGACUGUAGAUUCUUUCCUGGGUCAAGGAUGCAAAUUUUUCAAAACCGUCGUUCCCAAUGUGAACAGUCAUGACUGUGGCAAAGAUAUGGAAUUGGUAGCUUAUGAUACGCAUGGCUGUAAGGGGAACAAGAAACACAAAGAUUGGCAAUGCGGGUGGCCAAUGUGCUGUCCCAAAACAGCAAGCAUGAAGGACAAGUGCAUGUGGCGUGGCAGCGGUGGAGAUUGCAAUGGACAGUGCCAUGCCAAUGAGGUCAAAAUUGGCGGCUCUUCAUGGGGUGGAUAUCCAGGUGAAGGCAAGACUGGUAGGUGCAGCCGAGGAGGUAAGGCCCUUUGUUGUAAUGUUCAAGUCGAAGCUAUCAAUGAGGGUUGUUACUGGACGAAAGGAUGCGAUAACAAAAAAUGUGCGUCUGAUGAAGUAGCUGUAGCCCACGCAUUUAGUAUCAACAACAGCCACAAAUGCGUGAAAGAACUUCCGCCUUUGAGGCAUACGUGCAGAUGGGUUGGCAAGGGGGAUUGUGCAAAGAAUACGUGUGACCGAGGGGAAGUAACCUUGGCGACUGACCGCUUUGGAGACAAUGACGAUUCCUGCAAUUGGUGGCGUUCGAAGGCACUCUGCUGUAAACCGAAUCAGGAUUCUCUGAACACACCCAUUUGUGAUGCCGACCUCUGCGCAGAUAAUGACUGCGAAGAUCCCGACGAAUGGCUCACAGAGCGUUCUAUUGACGGAACUGGUCAUCAUAUCGACAAACGCGUGAGGUCAUCACUUCGACGUUAUCUUACAAUCGACGAUAUCAAGCUAGCCUUGACAAGUGCUCCCCAUCCAAAUGGCUUUGGGGAGCUUUUCAAAGGAGCCGGAGUGAAUACAUUGUCGAUAAAAGGCGGAUUCAUGUGGGAUAGCACAUCGUGUAGAAACCUUGGGGCAAAAUUUGUAGCCGCCGGAAAUAUCCCGCAACAUCUUCUCACUUGGAGUGGAAGCGGCAACAGAUGGAACGUAGAGCACUAUCGCGAGUUCAAAAACCUCGAUAACCUGCUCGUGACGGCUGCGACUGGUGUCCUAUUAACGGGAAACAAAUUGAAGGCAGCCAAGAUGAAGAUGACAGACAUAUCCAAGGCCUGGAAUGCGCAAUAUCCCGCCAGCGCCGUUCUCACAAAUCUAGGACAAGCGUUUGUUACUGGUGUGAAAGGCUACGGCACCCCUGACCGCUAUGGCAAUGACUGGAAUAAGCUUACAACGCCGAAUAUGAGAUUUCACACCGUCCUCGGAUCUGUUGCUUACCGCUACUCCCUAACCUUUGUUCCUAACGAUAUAAAUAGGUUCAAAGCUGCCCUGCUAGCAACAGGAAAGACGCUCAUAAGCAGUGACAAAUUCAGCGAAACGAUUGCCAUAGCAGCUGGGACGGAUAUACAAGCCGCAACUAAGGCCGUUAAUGAACUUCUUACUGCACUUCAAAGGGUUUACGUUACUGUCGCUUUCUAUAACGAUGCCUUUCUUGGACCAUACUUCGACAAAGCAAACAGUGAUAUGUAUGCUCUUGCGAAUGAAAUGGCUGAGCACUUUCCUGGGUGGGAAAGUUUUCCGGCGAUUAUGAAGGAAUUUGACGACGAUGUCCAGAAAUUUGCAACCAAUAAUGCCCAAAAGUUCAUGCUUGCGCGCGCAGGGGCGAUUCUCGACUAUUUCAAGGAUGUGGACCUCUCAACUUCCGCAGAACACGUUGUUCAUCUUGUCAAUAUCGCGAAGUAUUAUAUAGAACAGAAGGACAAGCUGAAGUUCGCCGGCACCAGCGUCUGA